AUUUGAAUGUGAGCCGCUUUGGGUCCCUUGUUAGGAGAAAUGUGGAAUAACAAUGAUGAUAACUGUGAAGGGGCCCAGAGCAAAUUCCAAUAUCCAUAAUAAUACUUUUAUUGGUUAAUAAAGGUGUGCAAACCAGACACAACAUCAUUGCUUCCUAAAUGGCCAAAAAAGCAUUAAAGGGAAAGCUGGACCUUAACCCCUCAUUGACUGCGAGCUGCUCCCACGAAUUACUGUACAGUAUUAUGAAAUGUCCCGAGACCAGCCGUAAAGUCUCGCGAUGAAAGGCGAGAGGAGGAGGAGUUCGGAGAGAUUCCAGAGAGGCUGUACGAGGGUGAGGCAGGCGGAACAGCGCCGCCAGUUGGCCGGUGGGUUGCCCGGGUUGCUAGGAUACCGUUGGCCGCGCGGAGAGACGAGGCCCUUGGAAGGCAUUCGGUGAAUCAACCGCCCCCCUCCCUGGGCUGGAGAGACGGGAAUAAAGAGGGAGGCAGAAAACUUGAAGAAAAGAAAAAAAAAUGGCGAGUAAUCACAAACCACCUACAGCACGUCCUUCUUCAAGAGCAGGAAUGGGGUUGGGUGCCAGACCACCAUCUUCCUCAUUACGGCCGCCAUCUGCAGCCUUACUUGGUGGUGGAAUCCCUCCAGGCACUUCAAGGCCAGGAACACGCGGUGGAUCCGUAGGUACAGGUCUGGUUUUAUCUUCUCAAAUCAAAGUUGCGGACCGUCCAGUGACUCAGCAAGGGCUCAGUGGGAUGAAAACAGGAAUGAAAGGUCCACAGAGACAAAUUAUGGACAAAUCCUAUUACCUGGGAGUUCUUAGAAGCAAAAUAAAUGAGCUCACGACAGAAAUCAACAAGCUGCAGAAAGAAAUUGAUAUGUACAAUCAAGAGAAUUCUGUUUAUCUGUCCUAUGAAAAAAGAGCAGAGUCUUUAGCUAGCGAAAUCAAAGAAUUUCAAGGACAGCUAGCAGACUACAAUAUGCUCGUGGACAAACUUAAUAUGAAUACUGAUAUGGAGGAAGUAAUGAGUGAUUAUAACCUGCUGAAAGCUCAAAAUGAUCGUGAAGCUCAAGGCACAGACCUGAUUUUUACAGAAAGGCAAAGUAAAGAAAAGCAAAUUCAGGUUGUGGAAGAGGAGAUCCAGCAGGAAAAGCAGGCAGCAGAAAAUAUAAUUAAAAAUAUGUCUGAAGAAGAUCAGGCUAAAUACAUGGAGACAAAAGAGGCAAAUGAAAAGCUUUUGCAGGAAUUAUGUGCUUUACAGCAGGAGCUGGACACAGUGAACAUGAAAGAACAAGCAUUAGAAGCUGAAAUAGCACACUCCCAAGUUAAGCAAGAGGCACUACAACUGUAUGAAAAACUUCAUGGUCUUGAAGAACAUCGUGAUCAAAUGAUUGAAGAGGACAAAAAUGUGGGAUCUCCCCAGGAGGAAAGAGAUAGAUUGCUAAAACAGGUGAAAGAAGACAAUCAAGAAAUAGCAAUCAUGGAGAGACAGUUAACUGAGAUAAAAGAAAAGAUUGAUCAUCUUAAUGAAGGAAUACGGCAGGUUGAUAUGGAUCUUGAAGAGCAGCAAGGCGAGAAAAAUCUGAAACAUAAGGAGUUGAAGAAGAGAGAAGAAAGCAUGGACAGCUUUCUUGAAUCUUUUGAAGAGACGAAGAACCAGGAACUGGAACGGAAAGCACAGAUAGAGGCCAAUAUUGUGGCACUUUUAGAGCACUCAAGCAGAAAUGUAAAUCGUAUCAAGCAAAUAUCUUCAGUAACAAAUCAAGAACUGAAGAUCAUGCAGGAAGAUCUUACUUUCAAAUCAAGUGAAAUGCAGAAAUCCCAGAGCACUGCUAAAAACCUGGGUUCAGACAGUCAGCGUCUUCGGAUGGAUCUCCAGAAGAUGGACCUGUUAGAAGGCAAGAUGAUAGAUGAACUGAAUUCCCUGAAAGAAAAAAAUGAACAAAUGACUAAGGACUUAGAACUAUACAAUAAUCUGCCAGCUCUGAAAGCAGCAGGAGAAGAAAAGAAAAAGAAACUGCAAGAAGAGAAAGAAAUGCUUACAAAGCGCAGAGAUGCUUUCAAAAAAACUAUGGAGCAUCUGAAUAAAGAAUAUGAAGGGCUGAAGCUGCAGCUCCAAGAGAAUGAAACACAUGCGCAGCUUACAAAUCUGGAAAGGAAGUGGCAGCACCAUGAACAAAAUAACUUUGUCAUGAAAGAAUUUAUAGCAACAAAAGGCCAAGAAAGUGAUUACCGGCCCAUAAUGAAGAAUGUGAUGAAGCAAGUUGCAGAAUACAACAAAACUCUCAUUGAAGCUUUACAGAGCAGCAGGAGUUGAAUCGUCUUUUAUGUGUCAAUGAUACCUUUUGUCAGAAUAUUGCCUGAAGUUUUUCAAGAAGAUUCUUGAUACUGGAAUACACACAUAUUAUCAUUACUAUUCCAUGCAAGCUAAAACUACAUCCAAAGUGUGCCGUUCUAAAUACAAUCCUGUUGUCUUACGACAACUAUUCAUUUAAAGUAUCUUAAUGUACACAGUUUUAACCUUGCUAGUAAGCAAUGUGAUGUAAUUUAAGUAUUUUGAAAUACAGGUUCUAGCUGGUAGUGUAAAUGGAGAUGUAAAGAUAUUGGAAUAUUUACUUCAACAACAGAAAAUAUUAUAUUUGUGCCUACAGUUUUAUUAAUUUACCUUUUUGUAUAAGAAUUCUAUAAGGGAAUGGGAACGUUGAAUUGUCAAUGUCAGCUAUGUAGCAGAUAGUUAUAAAAUAAAGAUAUUUGAUGAGAA